AUGGCUGCGCCGUGGCGCAACCUGACGAAAACUGCUGGCGCCCCCCCAUCCCUGCAGGCUCCAAGGCUCCUGAGCGCUUCAAAUGCUGCAGCUACGCAGCUCCCGUCCCUGGCUCACCUCGUGCCGCUCGUCCUGGCGCCUGUCCCGACCUGCCCCCCCGGCUCGAGCCCGGAACACGGGUUGCAGAUUCCCUCACGCCCGCUGACUCAAACGUUCUUUGAUCGAACCGCGCCGAGCUCGACCGGCCGUGACAACAGCAAAGACGACUCCAGAGACCCAAACAAGGCCAAGCUCGGUAAAACCCUGCGGAUACUCCAGGAGCGGCUGCCGACCUUGCUGCAGUCGCCGUUGCCGCAGGACAUCCUGGCGCCCAACAUAUCUCUUCGACUCUUCCCCUCGACGCACCCUCACCUGCCUACCGUGUCUGGCAAAGUCGCCUACAACGCCGCGCUUUGGACGUCUCCCAUCGCCUGGAACCGAGUCCCCAUCAUAGGCAACGUCAAGCUGGAAAUCUUGGCCGAGCGCGUGACUUCGGAGCCGCUGACCUUCCUCCCGCGCCGCGCCGGCGCCAUACCCGAGCAGCUCGUGGUGCGGUGGUGCGAGAAGCGAAGAUGCGACGGGCAUUUGCCGGAGCCGGGCGGGAUUGCCCGGGCUCUCUGGCGCGGAAGGGGAGCCGACCCGAACAAAGCCUUCACGGGUCUGUUCAUCUUCGACUUUGACUCGGAAGGGAGAGUCUUGACGCACACAAUCGAGCAGGCCCAGGAGGGCGGAAACUGGGAGAGCGGGAUGGGCGCCAAGUUUGUGGGCUUGACGGACUGGCUUCUCGGCGGCAUGAAGACUGGCGAUGACAAUCCUAUACCCACGUUCAAGAGCCUCGACAAGGUGACGUAG